UAUAUGAAUAAAAAUCAAUUUUCCUCCAGAAUAAUCUCAGCCGCCUACAUUACCCUUUCCCCUCUCUCUCUCUAAAAUAUCUUGUCGCACAGCACCAUUCAAUUCAGAGAAUCCCUUACUAGAAAUAGCCACAGUAGAAUCAUCACCACCAUCAUCAUCACCAUCAAAAAACUUGCAAGAACUGAUCAAGAAUGAUUAGCAGCUGAAUUUAUUUAUUAUUAAAAUAUUUACUUUUCUCUUCUUCUGCACCACCACUUUAUACAAAUCUUAUCACCAAAAAGCACAAGCAUUUCUCCUUCUGCUUCGACACAUCUGUCAUCUACAGCAAAAAAACGCACAGCACACAGUAACCCCUUCUUUUUCUCAUCCCUCUCUCUCUCCAAACAUGAGCCCUGACGACUCCUUAAGAUCUCUCUCUCUAGACUACCUCAACCUCCUCAUCAACGGCCAAGCCUUCAGCGAUGUGACCUUCAGCGUAGAGGGCCGCCUAAUCCAUGCGCACCGCUGCAUCUUAGCCGCCCGCAGCCUCUUUUUCCGGAAAUUCUUCUGCGGGCCGGACUCGGGCCCCGACCCACUGAGAGCGGGCCAGGGGCGGCAGGUGAUACCCGUGAAUUCUGUGGGCUAUGAGGUUUUCUUGCUCAUGCUUCAGUUCUUGUACAGUGGGCAAGUCUCGGUUGUACCUCAGAAGCACGAGCCUCGCCCUAAUUGUGGCGAGAGGGGCUGCUGGCACACGCAUUGCUCCUCCGCCAUCGAUCUCGCCGUCGACACCCUCUCCGCCGCUAGAUCCUUCGGCGUCGAACAACUCGCUUCGCUCACUCAGAAGCAAUUAACGAGCAUGGUGGAGAAGGCGUCGAUCGAGGACGUGAUGAAAGUCCUAAUCGCCGCAAGAAAUCAAGACAUGCAGCAGCUAUGGAGCACCUGCUCCCACCUCGUCGCCAAAUCCGGGCUGCCGUCGGAGAUCCUGGCCAAGCACCUCCCCAUCGACGUGGUCGCCAAGAUCGAGGAGCUCCGCCUCAAGUCCUCCCUCUCCCGCCGCCCCAUCCACCACCACGACCAGCUCUGCGACCUCGAGGAGCAGAAGAUCCGCCGCAUGCGCCGCGCCCUCGACUCCUCCGACGUCGAGCUCGUCAAGCUCAUGGUGAUGGGUGAGGGCCUCAACCUCGACGAGGUCCUCGCCCUGCACUACGCCGUCGAGAAUUGCAGCCGGGAGGUCGUCAAGGCGCUGCUCGAGCUCGGCGCCGCCGACGUCAACCUGCGAGCGGGGCCCGCCGGGAAGACGCCGCUUCAUAUCGCUGCAGAGAUGGUCUCGCCGGACAUGGUGGCGGUGCUGCUCGACCACCACGCGGACCCCACGUGCCGCACCGUCGACGGUGUCACGCCGUUGGACGUGCUCCGAACCCUAACAUCUGAUUUUCUGUUUAAAGGCGCCGUUCCCGGCUUGAAUCAUAUCGAGCCCAAUAAAUUGAGGCUUUGUCUCGAGUUGGUGCAGUCCGCGGUUAUGGUCAUCACCAGAGAGGAGGAGACCGCCACGGAGCCAAUUUUCCCCCCGAUGAAUGAGGAGAGCGGCGGCGGCGGCGGGAUUAAUCUUCGGCAUGGUAAUGCGAUGUAUCAUCACCUCUCCCUUGAUCAGUAUUGACUUACACACCCUUCCUUAACUCUCUCUCUCUCUCCCUCUCCCACUAAACGGAUUGAAGGUAAUAAUGUGUAUCUGUUGAUGAUGGUUGAUGAUCACAAUCCAUGCAUGGAGGUAAAUUACUUCAUUAACUUUAAUUAUUUUGAGGGCUUUCGAUUAUAUAGUUUCUUGUUUAAUUACUUCUGAGUUAUUGUUAAUUAUAAACGAUUAUAUUCUUCUCUCCACAAAUCUAUUCAUUAAUUGCCAACUUUCAUUUAGUUAAAAAGUAAUGUAUUGUUUUGAUCAGGAAAAUAUAGUAGUAUUAGUUAAAAAUUAAACUUUGAAUAUUUUUCGUGUAAUUUAAACAUAGUAUUUCUUA